CCAAUUCGAAAUGUAUAAAUGUGGAUACAGUUUUCCCAGACAGUUAAUCCAAAAUGACUUCUCUCAAAGUUCUCUCUGUUUUUGUUGCCCUUAUUGUCGCCUUACAUGCAGAUGACGAUCAUGAAAAACACUUCGCCAUGUUCAAGGAAUGCGCGGAGGAAAAUGGUUUGAAAAUGGAUGGUUUCAAAAGAGGAGAAAGACCAGUUGGACCACCUUCCAAUGAGAUGAUGUGCACUGUCAAAUGCACUAUGGAGAAGGAGGGCAUAUUAUCAGGAGGAAAAAUUCUUAUUGAGGAAUUCAAAAAAGAUCCGAAACUGACAAAACACGUACCUGCAGAUAAAAUGGAUGCAGCGUUAGAGUGCUUGAAAGGAGUGGAAGUUUCAGAUUGUUCCGACAUGAAGAAAGUUAUGGAUUGUACUCAUGAUAUGAAGUUUUGAUGAAGACAUCCUUUUAAUAUUUGGUUUAUACAAAAUAUAGAAUGAUCUAAAGGAAAA